AUGGCUUAUCUGGACAUGGUUAUAUCUGAGACACUUCGUCUCUACAAUCCAGUUUUACGUAUGGAACGGCAAGCGUCUGAAGAUUAUAUCCUAGGAAAUACAGGCAUUGUCAUUAAAAAAGGGAUGAUUGUUGGAAUUCCUGUUUGGGCACUUCAUCAUGACCCACAGUACUAUCCAGAACCCUAUGCAUUCAAACCGGAACGUUUUUCAACAGAAAAUCGAGAACAUAUUGUACCUUACACAUACCUACCGUUUGGUGCUGGACCAAGAAACUGUAUUGGUACACGUUUUGCUUUGUUAGAAACGAAGAUAGCCCUCAUUAAAGUUCUCGCAAAAUAUCGUUUUGUUCCAUCGAAAAAUACACGAAUUCCACUUCGGUUUUUACCUGUCGGUCGACCUCUUCUACGUUGUGAAAACGUGAUUGUUGGUGUCGAAAAACGAUUCUGA